GGGUGUUGUGCGUGGCCAUUUCUACAGGACGGUCAUCUCUUCUUGCAGUACUUGAUCCUGUAGUGCUAGAUUUUUAAUUAUAAAUUUUGUCUACAAAAAGUAUCUAAAAUGGCAAACGUUUCUACCAGAACCACAAUAACCAGCAGCCGUAUUAGUGGUGGUGGUUUUGGGGUUAGUGGUGGUGGUUCCCGUCUUCUAAACUUUUCUAGUGCGUCAAUGGGAGCUGCACCUGUCUCACGUACCAGAUAUAACGUAGUGGGCUCAGCUCGUGGGUUGGGGUUGGGUGCUGGUGGAGCCACUUCUGGUUAUGGCUUCAGCACUAGCGGAGGGCUUGGUAUGGGAGGUAUUGCCGCCGGGAUGGGUUCCUUUGGAGUUGGUGGCGCAGGAGGCUACGGAAGCUCAGCAGCGUAUCUACCCAUCACUAAUGUGACCGUGAACAAACAACUUUUGGCUCCCCUCGACUUGGCAGUAGACCCUGCUAUUGGAGUUGUCCGACGAGAAGAGAAGGAACAAAUCAAAACACUGAACAACAAAUUUGUUGGCUUUAUAGAAAAGGUCCGCCUGCUGGAGCAGCAGAAUAAGAUGCUGACAGUUAAAUGGGAAUUGUUACAGAAUCAGCAGCAGGGUGGUGCUCCUGGUGGAAUGAACCUGAACAACUUGUAUGAGGUAUACAUCUCCAACCUGAGACGACAGAUGGAUGCUCUCUCCAAUGACAAAAGCAGACUCGAGUCAGACCUGAAAAACAUGCAGGGCCAAGUGGAGGAUUUCAAAAACAGAUAUGAAGAUGAAAUCAACAAGCGCACUGCACUGGAAAAUGAAUUUGUGGUCAUAAAAAAGGAUGUUGAUGCAGCAUUCAUGAUUAAGGUAGAGCUGGAAGAAAAACUGAGAGCUCUUCGAGAAGAGAUUGAUUUCCUGAGGGCUAUAUAUGAAGCGGAACUUCAGCAACUCCACACACAAGUACAGGACAUCACAGCCAUUGUGCAAAUGGACAACAACCGUCAGCUUGAUCUGGACAACAUCAUUUCAGAGGUCAGACUGCAGUAUGAGGAGAUGGCCAACAACAGCAGAGCUGAAGCUGAGUCUUUUUACCAGCAAAAGUAUGAAGAACUUGCAAGCUCUGCUGGAAAGUAUGGGGAUGACCUUCGUGUCACCAAGUCAGAGAUUGCAGAAAUGACCAGAAUGAUCACAAGACUGACUAAUGAAAUUGAAAGCCUGAAGAACCAGCGAGCUUCUCUGGAGGCUGCCAUCACAGAAGCUGAAGAACGAGGUGAGCUGGCUCUUAAAGAUGCCCGUGAUAAGAAGGCAGAUUUAGAAGCUGCCCUACAGCGGGCCAAGCAGGACAUGGCCCGACUUGUACAUGAUUACCAGGAGCUCAUGAAUGCCAAACUGGGUCUGGACAUUGAGAUAGCCUGCUAUAGGAAGCUUCUGGAGGGAGAGGAGAUCAGGCUGAGUGGACAAGGCACUGGACAGGCCACAGUCAUGGUGCAGUCAACGACUAGUGGUACCAGUAGUGCUGCUGCAAGCACUGGCUUUGGAGGGGGCAGCAUAGGUUUCAGUCUUGGAGGUGGCUCACGUGGCCUGAGUUUCACAAGUGGCGGUACUGGAUUUGGGCAGGGAGGUUCAGUCUCUGGAGGGUCAUCAAUCACAAGAACUUCUUCUAUGAGAGCAGAGUCGGUCAGGAUGGUUAGAUAAACUUCAUAUCACAACGCACCCAGCCUUGCUUGCUGAUGUCCCUGUCUUUACUGCCUGCUGACAGAAAACCCAGUUAUAAUACCUUUAAGCGGAACUAAAUGGAAGUUCUUGCACAUACUUAGUAAAUGUGCCAACCUGAAUACAUUGCUAUAGCAUUAGAAAGUUAACAUUCUGUAGAAUUUCCACUGAGUGCUAGAACAUUUGAUUGUAUGUUUACGGAUAGAAUAUACAGCUGUGUUCUGUUCUUGUACUGUAGCCAUGAAUGGAAUUAACCUUGUUACCAGGUGGUUUUAUUGCUGUCUCCUUUCCCUCAAGACUUUCUCCCAAAUGUUGGCCUUUUGGAAUUUUAUGCUGUGGUAUGUGAACUGAAUUCUUGACUGCAAUCUGGGUUUUCUGCCACUUGUAUGGGCAAUGUCAUGCCUGCAUGACUUUGCAGUUUGCCAUUUCUGUGUCAUGCUUUUGGACAAUGGCAUCUAUAUCUCCAUGUGUUAAGUAGUGAACUGUAACAUGAAAUAUUUUUAAGAUUGGGGUCUUUGGAAUAUUGUCUGAAAUGCCAAGCAUUUUCUGUUUUUCAGAAGUACAAUAUUAAAUAAAUCUACACAAUUCAAA